AUGGAGAGAGAAAGGCGGAGCGCGCAGACUCACCUGUUACCGGAAGCUGACGUGAGGAGGUGUUUUGUCUGUUUGUAUUUAGACCCAGUAGAGACGCUGAGUACAGAUACAGAUUGUUCUUUGGUGGAGUCAGACUUGAUGUUUGAUGUGAAUGGAGUCAGAGACACUCAGACUGACAGCAUUGUCCCUGAGGUGGACAGAGAGAGGUCCAAGCUGGAGGAGCGAGUGAGGGAGCUUGAGGAACUGCUCUGUGAGGCACACAGAGAGUGUGAGAGAAACAACAAGGAUGGUGAGCGAGCAGAGGAGGCUUACAGCAUCCUGCAGUCCCAGUAUGAAGAGACAUUAAAACAGCGGGAUGAGCUACUAAUGGUCUCUCUGCCUGAAGCUGAGAGGAAAUACAAGCAGGCGAUGAAGACGAAUGCCCAGCUGGAGAAGGAGAAGUCCAAGCUGAUGUCCAGGGUGGACACACUGCAAGGCUCAAUGCAGCAGCUGGGUCACCUUCUGUGUGAGACACGCACAGAGUGUAUUGAGGCAAAGAGGGUGGUUCUGACUGAUGAGUCGAGUAGCCAAGUGGAAGACGAGAACUCCAGUCUGAGGUCUGAUGUGGAAACUCUACAAGACUCAGUGCAGGAGUUGGACAGAGAGCUCGCUGUGUCCCGGAUAACGUGUAAAGAGUUAACAAGAGAAUGUGAUGGAGCAAAACAGCAGCUGAGGAUCCUGCAGUCUGAGUGCAGUGAGAUGAAGGACAUUUUACUGAAGGACUGUGAGAGAGUGCCAGAGGUUCACCGUAUGCUCAUGUCACAAAAUGAGUUGUUAAAGAAGUUGUUAAAGCAGAAUGAGGAGUUAAUGCAGGCCUCUCCGGAUGAAGCUGAAAGCAAAUAUGAGAAGACAGUGAUGACCAAUGCUGAGCUGGAGAACAAGAACUCUGACCUGAUGUCCCUGGUGACCACGCUGCAAGGUACAGUGGAGGUGAUGGAGAAGAAGCUCGCUGAGACAUGCAGGAAGUGUGAUGACAUAAGGAGGAGUCUGCCAAAAUACAAAAUAAACAAAGUUCUGCACCUGCACCGCACCAGUGGCAAAAUCAGGACAUGCCACCAGCAAAACGGUGCUUUAUGGUUGAUAAAGAUCAGGCUGAAAUCAAUGCCAUCCGUAGAGUGUUCGAGUCUUACGUUCUCCUUUGUUGGUACCAUGUAACACAAAUUGGAUCAUCUUAUUGAUGUGCUGCUGAACAAGACUGAGAAGUACUUCAAUAUAAUACAGGAUUUGCAGUCUGUUGGGAGGGUCAAUAACCCUCUGGAGUGCAAAAUGGAAGAAAUAAAAAAAAUCUGCUGAGAGGAUGCUACAGAACGGUUGGGCCACGAGAAUUACCAUAGUUUCAACAGAUACAUACUGUGUAUAUAUAGUGUUCCAUCUGAGAGUAAUUCACAUGUAGUUUACAGUGUGUCCUGCAGAACAGUUCUGCAGUUGUGUAGCUGGUACAAGGAAACAAACAUGCAAGCAUCUCUUUUUAGUAAGCCUUCUCACUUGUGCUAUUCCAGAGACUUUUCCUGAUUUGGAGACACAACUGCAGGCCCAUGCCAGUAUGUUGAUUCUGAGGCAUAAGUAUAGCAUUUCUGCAAAGCCUCAAAAAAACUGUAGAAGUUGAAAGCUUAUUUGGAAGAGCAGCAUCAAAACCAAGUAUCAUGACAAGCAUAUGUGACUGCUGCACCUUCUCAUUUCAUAACAAAUGUGCUUGUCUUCUGCUUGCUAAGGGAGUUUUCAAUGAGUUGACUGAGACAAAGUCAAAUAGUGCUAUGAACAUUUCAGUAGAGCUGAUACACAAUGAACUUGAGAAUGAAAGGCUAGAUGAAAUUAGGCAUCACACACCUAUCACAAAAUUGGAAAAGGUAUUAAAGAUUCUACAGACAUGGGAGAACAUUCCUGAGGAUAUUGACCAAAAAGUGAAUGAACUAGAAGUGCAAACAAAAAGAAAGUAUGAACAUUAAAGGAUUUGGGAGACUUUGUGAUGCAGACAAGUCACGUAAAAUACGUCCACUGUUUGCAAACAGAAAAAGAAAGACAGACAGAAGAACAACCCCAGAAACAAUGACAGAUGUCACAUUUCCUGUUAAGUCAAAUAUAAAACGCAAAGUUAACAGUGGCCAAAAUAACAAUCAUUUAAGGAUUGAGAGAAACGUUUUAUUAAAGUGCACGUUUUUGAACAUUUUGAACAUUGUACAU